AUGGCAGCCACCAACAACCCCUACAGCAGUCUGUUGAAGGGCAUCGAAGUCAAUGGAAAGCAGUUCAAGUACUUCGAUGUGACAGCCCUGGGGGAGAAAUAUGAUCGUCGCCGUACCGGUGAGGGUAUUUGGGGUGUUGUGAGGGCUGCGACAACUUCCCGGUGCUGGAAAAAGAUGUUCAAAGAUCUUACAGGAGUACCCGCCGUAGUAGACUUCGCAGCUAUGCGUGACGCUGUCAAGGAUCUGGGAGGAGACCCUCAGAAAAUCAACCCUAUCUGUCCAGCUGACCUGGUCAUUGAUCAUUCUGUGCAAGUUGAUUUUGCGAGAAGCCCUGAUGCCCUGAAUAAGAAUCAAGAACUUGAGUUUGAGAGGAACAAAGAGAGAUUCCAGUUUUUGAAGUGGGGAGCUCAAGCCUUUGACAACAUGUUAAUCGUGCCACCAGGUUCUGGGAUUGUACAUCAAGUAAACUUGGAGUACUUGGCUCGCGUGGUCUUUACUGGUGAUCUACUACACCCUGACUCCGUCGUGGGAACCGACUCUCAUACUACCAUGAUCAACGGUCUUGGAGUAGUUGGAUGGGGAGUGGGAGGCAUUGAAGCGGAAGCUGUGAUGUUGGGUCAGGCCAUCAGCAUGUUGAUACCGAAGGUCGUGGGGUACAAGCUGAUCGGUGAACUAAAUCCCUUGGUCACUUCCACUGACCUGGUUUUGACAAUCACCAAGCAUCUGCGAGCGUUGGGCGUGGUGGGCAAAUUCGUGGAGUUCUUCGGGCCAGGAGUGUUCGCUCUCAGCAUCGCCGACAGAGCUACAGUGGCCAAUAUGUGUCCGGAGUUCGGUGCUACGGUCGCACACUUCCCCGUUGACGAGCGCUCGUUGCAGUAUCUCAGUCAAACCAAUCGCGCCAAGGAAAAGAUCGACAUUAUUGAAGCAUAUCUGCGCGCCACAAAACAGUUCAGAGACUACAAUAACCCAGAACAGGAUCCUAUCUUCUCUGAGGUAAUACUGAAGCAAUUUUAUAUCAUACAUAGAACCGUGGGGUGA